AUGGUGGAGCGGCAACAAGACCGUCUAGUCAAGUCAAUCCGCACCGAUCGAGGGGGAGAGUUCCUGAGCAAGGAGUUUGGGUUGUGGCUGAAGAAGAAUGGUAUUCGGCACUCCCUCACCAUGCCAUACUCCCCUGCAAUGAACGGCAUCGCCGAGCGAGCGAACCGCACAAUCACGGAGGCGGCACGCGGGUUGCUCAUUGAAGCCGGGCUACCCGACUAUUUCUGGCCUGAUGCGGUGCGGAGCGCGUGUGUGGCCAAGAACAGAGCCUUGACUCAUGUGGGAGCAGACAAGUGGGUGCCCUAUGUGGAGUGGCUAGGAAGGAAGCCAAAGGUGGAUAUGCUUCGGGUGUUCGGGUGCAUGUGCAUGGCGCUCGUGCCUAAGCAUCUUCGGCACAACAAGCUUGGUGCCAAGGCGGUGUGGGCCGUGCACUUGGGCAUGGCUCAAAACAGCAAGGGAUGGCUUCUUUGGGACCCAUUCACCAAGAAGUUCUUGGUGAGCAGGGACUGCAAGUUCAUGGAGAACUUCAUGUACAAGGAUUGGAAGGCGGAGAAUGAGGCGAAGAUAGGCGUGCGGUUUGGGGAGGUGAAGAGUUCCGGUUUGGAGCAUGUGGAGCUGCCUUUGGAGCUGAGCAGCGGCAGCACAACCACAAGGCAAUCCUCCCUUGUGAAUGGGGGAGAGGAGGCCAAUGAUGCAGAGGAAGAAGAGGAGGAGGUGCAGCAAGUGAGCGAGCGUGCACCGUCACUCCCUUCCCAUACUACGAGUGCUCCACGGAUUCGAGCCACACCGCAGCAACGCCAAGGCCUUCAAGUCCCUGCAGCUGAGGAGGAAGGAAGGGGGAAGAGGAGAGUUCAACCCCCUAAUAGGCUGACCUAUGAUGCACUGGGAAAGCCAGCCAAGUCAGCCUUGGUCGGAGCGGCACUUAUAGUUGGAGAUGACAAGGAGAGUGACUACGAGGAGUGUGCCUUCGCGUUCUUCUCUCCGGUGGAGAUGCCGGGGGAACCAGCAACUCUCAAGGAGGCCUUGGAGAGUAGUGAUGCUGAGGAGUGGAAGAAGGCAAUGGAGAGUGAGCUGAAGAGCAUUGAGGAGAACGGCACGUGGGAAUUGGUGGAGCUACCGGAGGGGCGUAAGGCGAUUACGUCCAAGUGGCUCUUCAAGAUCAAGUCCGACGCCGACGGCAAGAUCGAGCGCUACAAGUCUAGGCUUGUGGCGAAGGGGUACCAGCAGAAAGAGAAGGUGGACUAUAAGGAGUUGUAUGCUCCUGUGGUGAAGCCGGCGACGCUGAGAACCCUACUCGCGGGAGCUGCCAUCAAAGGAUGGGUGGUGAAACAAAUGGAUGUCACAACGGCAUUCCUCAACGGCGUCCUCGAGGAAGAGAUUUUUAUGGCGCAGCCAGAGGGGUUUGAUGAUGGUAGUGGCAGAGUUCUGAUGCUGAAGAAGGCCCUUUAUGGACUGAAGCAGGCCCCUAGGCAGUGGUACUUGAAGCUGCGAGGAGUUUUGGAGGAGAUAGGCUUCACUCCUUCAUCCGCUGAUCAUUCCUUGUUUUUGCUUGGCGAGGGGGAGCAAAGGAGUUUCAUGGUGGUUUAUGUGGAUGAAAUCCUCAUUUUCUCACCCUCCUCUGACCUUGUGAAGGAGGUGAUGCUGAAGCUUCAAGACAAGUUCAAGUGCAAGGCCCUUGGUGACGUGAGCUUCUACCUUGGGCUCCACAUCGAACGAGAUGUGGAGAAGCGGUGCAUGCGGGUGCAUCAACGAAUGUACCUGGAGGCAUUGGCUGCCAAUUUUGGGCAGAGUGAAGGCCAUGUGGCUACACCCUUUCCCUCUGGGUUCAAGUGUGUGAAGGGACCAGAGGAAGAGAGUGUUGGUGAAGAGGAGAGGCGCCGUUUUCACUCGUUGGUGGGCAGCCUCAUGUACGCAGCGGUAAACACACGACCGGACGUCGCGUUUGCUACCGGACAGUUGGCUAGGGUUGUUCAAUGCCCUAACGAGGAGCAGGUAGCAGCUGGAAUGAGGGUGGCCAAGUAUCUUGGCCAAACACCGACCGUUGGGCUACAAUACUCGGCGGCGGCACAAAGGCGCCAAAAGGGCGCGGAUGGUGUUGAACCCGGGCGUUUGUUCCUCACCGCAUUCUCGGAUGCUUCUUUUGCAUCAGAACCAGAGGACAUGACAAGUGUUGGAGGGUUCAUUUGUUGUGUUGGUGGAGGCCCAACUGCUUGGGAGAGCAAGAAGCAGGUUGACCAAUCUUUGAGCUCGGUGGAGUCCGAGUACAUGGCACUCUUCCGUGCCGGUGCCAUUGCUCUUGCUAAGAACCCUGUGUUGCAUGGACUCACGAAGCACAUGAGGGUGAAGUGGCAUUGGACGAGGAGCAUGGUAACCGCGGGUGAAGUUGAGUUGCGCUACGUGAAGACCACGGGGCAGCCGGCUGACAUGAUGACCAAGAGGCUGGUGGAGCAGCAGCAUUGGAAGUGUUGCAAGCUGGCUGGGAUGGCUCUGAACUGA